AAAAACAACGUCACAUCCGCUCUCUUCUUCACUUCGCAGGGAUCCAGCAUGGCGGACAUCGGUGUGGUAGAGACGCUCCUCCAGCGGAUUGAGAAGGUGGAUGACGGUGUGGACAGUCUGGAAGUGGCGACCAGCAUCGGGGUGGACCACCAGAUCAUCGUCGGAGCCGUGAAGAGUCUGCAGUCUAUCGGUGACGUAAUCUCAGCAGAGCUGCGCUCCUCCAAGCACUGGGAGCUGACGGAGGAAGGCACGGAGAUAGCCGAGCACGGCAGCCAUGAGGCCCGGGUCUUCAGCUCCGUCCCGCUGGAGGGUCUGGCACAGAGUGAGCUUAUGAAUCUCUCCUUUGGGAAGAUCGGCUUCAGCAAGGCCAUGUCCAACAAGUGGAUCAAAAUGGACAAGGCACAUGAGGGUGGCCCGAGGAUAUUCAGGACUGUGGAGAGCAUAGAAGACCAGGUCAGAGAGAAGCUGCUUCUGGUACAGAAAGGCAACGCCUCUCAACUGGAAGAGAAAGAAAAGAAUGAGCUAAAGAAGAGAAAACUGCUCUUUGAAGUGACAGUGAAGACCUACUGGAUUACUAAGGGAAACUCCUUCAGCACCACCAUCCCCAAACAGGACACAGAGCUCACGUCUGAGAUGAUUGCCUCUGGCAGCUGGAAAGAGAAGAAAUUUAAGCCCUACAAUUUUGAGGCUAUGGGUGUAGCCCCAGACUGUGGCCACCUGCAUCCAUUGAUGAAAGUUCGAACACAGUUCAGGCAGAUCUUCCUGGAGAUGGGAUUCACUGAGAUGCCGACCAACAACUUCAUAGAAAGCUCUUUCUGGAACUUCGACUCCCUGUUCCAGCCCCAGCAGCACCCAGCCAGAGACCAGCACGAUACCUUCUUCCUCUCUGACCCAGCACUCGCCCAGGAGUUCCCGCGGGACUAUCUGGAGAGAGUGAAGAAGGUCCACUCAGAGGGAGGCUUUGGUUCACAAGGGUACAAAUGCGACUGGAAGAUAAAAGAGGCUCAGAAGAACAUCCUCCGUACUCAUACUACAGCAGUCAGUGCACGUAUGUUGUAUAAACUUGCACAACAGGAAAAGUUCACCCCUGUCAAGUAUUUCUCCAUCGACCGGGUGUUCAGGAAUGAGACCUUAGAUGCCACCCAUCUGGCUGAGUUCCACCAGAUAGAGGGUGUGGUAGCCGACUACGGACUCACACUGGGAGACCUUAUGGGGAUCCUGCAUGAGUUCUUCACCAAACUAGGAAUUACCAAACUACGCUUCAAGCCUGCCUACAACCCAUACACAGAGCCCAGCAUGGAAGUAUUCAGUUACCAUGAAGGACUAAAAAAGUGGGUGGAAGUGGGCAACUCAGGGGUCUUCAGACCUGAGAUGUUGCUGCCCAUGGGUCUUCCUGAGGAUGUGUCUGUAAUUGCCUGGGGCCUGUCUCUGGAAAGGCCCACCAUGAUUAAAUACGGUAUCAACAACAUCAGAGAACUGGUGGGACACAAGGUGAACCUACAGAUGGUCUACGACAGCCCCAUAUGUCGACUGGACUCCUGAGUUUUACCCAACCCAUAUUUUGGAUGGACAGACUUUAGGUGUAACAUCUUCUGUCUGACACUCACUUAAGAAAGCCCUCCACUUGCCAGUUAUUCUUAAUCCAAACAGACAGAGGGGCUCAGUUUUCUUCAUUCAGCACUUCAAACAGAUCUCAAACAGUUUUUCAAAGAGCUUUAACAUAUAGGAUCAGCCUUUGUAUGAACUUGAUACUCUGCUGCUAUGCAAAACACCAGUCUGAGUUCUGGCUUUGUUACAUACUACAAAUAUCUCUUCCUUUUUUAACAUCAAGUUAAUAAGUUACUACAGCUACCACCUACUUGUACCGGGAAAAAUACAGCUUUUGGAAUGUGACAACACAAAAUAAAUUUUUUUUUUUUUUUCCAAAUACUAA